AGCGGAUCCAUUAACCCUCCCCCACCCGGCUUUACCAGCUCCUCCUACCGUACAGGCUAACCCGUUAGCCCCGGUCGCCGCUGCACAAAACGGCCCCAACCCCCCUGGAACUAUCGGAGCACCUACCGUGAGGAACCCGUCGGGGGGCUGUCCGACCUGGACCGGCUUUAGUCCACCUGUGUGGACCUCAGAUGUGCGGGUUCGAAGCCCUGAUGCCCAGUUAGCAGCCGAGGCUAACUGAGGAGCUAACAGGCUAACAAUCCCGGAGACGAGCCGCAAACGGUGCCUUUCCGAAGCCUUUUGGUCGGUGUUCCCGGGCCGGGCCGGUGUCCGUAUCACCGAACCGGGGCCUGCGCUGCUCGGGGGUUCGGUGAAAGCAGAACGGGCUUCUCUCUUAAGUAUGUAGGUCACUGCACCGGCCGAUGGUGUAUGUGGGUCAGAGACAGCAGCGGGUUAACCGAUUAGCCGAACAGCUGGUUAGCAUCGGAGCGAAGUGGAUGUUCGGAACCACAGACCCACAAAAACACCCAUGAGUCUGUUCGGUCCGACUCAGGCCAACGCACCGACGGGAUUUAGUUAAAACGGGUCGAGUCCGUGAGUCGGUUAACCGAGCAGCACUAACCAGGUUAAAGCUACCAACAAAGGCAACCGGGCCGGUCGGUUCCGUGUCGGUGGUUCGCCAGGCCACAUCCGCCACCGGCUCUGAUGCACGGGUUCUAGAGCCUCCGCUCCGUCACCCGGGUCCGCCUGGUUCUGCCUCCCGUCCGGUCUUCCAGCCGGGUCCCGGGCCAUGCUGAGAGCGGAGCCGGCUUCCCUCCGCGCCUAGCCGGGCAGCAGCGGCAGCUCGUAGCGGACAGUGCGUGGUUCGGUUCGGGGGCCGGAGGAUGGCCUUUCACGGCGCGGGUCGGCAGACGGUUUGCGGUGACCUGUUUCCGGGCUCCGACCUGGGCCAUAAGUAUUUCUGUGUGAACUCAUCGUGCGGAGCCCCGUCCACGGGCCUCAGCGCCACCCCGUGCCUGACCGGACCCACGGCCCCGGCCGGGACGCCUCGACACCCCACGGCCCUGGGAGGAAGCGCCGGCGGAGGAGCGGCGGUGCCUCAGCCCUACAGCAACCCGGCCAGCGAGGUGCCGAGCCCCGCGGAGAUGGAGCCCGACCGGCCCAUCGGAUACGGGGCGUUCGGAGUGGUGUGGUCAGUGACAGACCCACGCGACGGCCGUAAGGUGGCGUUGAAAAAGAUGCCCAAUGUCUUCCAGAACCUGGUCUCCUGUAAACGGGUUUUCAGAGAGCUGAGGAUGCUGUGCUUCUUCAAACACGACAACGUGCUGUCUGCUCUGGACAUCCUUCAGCCUCCACAGAUCGACUGCUUUGAAGAAAUAUACGUGAUCACAGAGCUGAUGCAGAGCGACCUCCACAAAGUCAUCGUGUCUCCUCAGCCUCUCACCACCGACCACAUCAAGGUCUUCCUCUAUCAGAUCCUCCGAGGUUUGAAGUAUCUUCAUUCUGCUGGGAUUCUGCACAGAGACAUCAAACCUGGAAACCUGCUGGUCAACAGCAACUGUCUGCUGAAGAUCUGUGAUUUCGGGUUGGCUCGGGUGGAGGAGCCUGACCCGUCUCGUCACAUGACUCAGGAGGUGGUGACACAGUACUACCGUGCCCCCGAGGUGCUGAUGGGGUGCAGACACUACAACUCGGCCAUCGACGUCUGGUCCGUGGGCUGCAUCUUCGCCGAGCUGCUGGGACGGCGGAUCCUCUUCCAGGCCCAGAGCCCGAUCCAACAGUUGGAUCUGAUCACUGACCUGCUGGGAACUCCUCCUCUGUCAGCUCUGUCCUCAGCCUGUGAGGGUGCCAGAGCCCACAUCCUGAGGGGGCCGCACAAACCGCCAUCGCUGUCCGUCCUCUACAUGUUGUCUGACGGCGCCACCCAUGAGGCGGUCCACCUGCUCUGCCGGAUGCUGGUCUUCGACCCGGCUAAGCGGAUCUCGGGCAGCGACGCCCUGUCCCACCCGUACCUGGACGAGGGCCGUCUGCGCUACCACACCUGCAUGUGUCAGUGCUGCUACUCAGUUCCCAGCGGACGAGUUUACACCCGGGACUUCGAACCCGUGGCCGAGAGGCCGUUCAGCCACAGCUAUGAGAACAGCCUCCUGUCGGUUUGGCAGGGAAAAGAGUUAAUCCAUCGCUUCAUCACGGAGCACCAGCAGGGCAAACGAGUGCCACUGUGCAUCAACCCUCAGAGUGCUGCCUUCAAGACCUUCAUCAGGUCCACCGCUUGGCAUUCGUCCAAGGUCUCCAGGAAGGAGGAGAGAUGAACGCCGCAACGGCAGGAUUUCAUCGGCCACGGCAUCAGAAAAUACUGAACAUCUCGGGUCUUUGUUUUAGUUUUGGUUCCUUUUUGUUUGUUUUUUAAUGGGUGAGAUCGCCUAAAAACCACGUGGAAAACCUCAUUGUUUUUCCCCCUUUUUAAAGAAAUCUGAAAACUAGCUUCUAAAGACCAGAACGGCUGAAGCUGAAAGUGUUUUCGGUGCUGAAUUUAAAAAAAAACAAAAAAAAAAACAACAAAAACAAAAUGCUGCUGAAGUGCAACAGGAGGAAAAGCUGACCUCGGUACUAGUUUGGAUGUUUGGUCGUCUGGACUUAAAGGAAUCCUGGGUUCAUAGUUGAAUAGGUUGUUGCUUAGUUGAUGUUGAAGUCAUUCCAGCCUGUGCAAUACGCUUUAGUUUCACAUUCAGUCGCCAACGACACCUCUGGACGUUCAGGAUCAGCCCACGCCUCAUUGGUCGCCAAACAUCGCCAAGGUUUCCUGUUUUUUUUUUUUUUUUUUUAACUGCAUUUGAACGCGUCACUCACUGUGUUUUUUUUCAGCGAUAAUAAUCUUAAUAAUAAUAAUAAUGCAAUUUAACAGAUGUAGCAGGUUUGAACCACGUCGCCGACGUCGGCUUCUUUUCCUCACGGCGUCGCUUUGAUGUGGACGAAUCACAAACUGUAGGAACCUUUGAUGUUUGAGUCGGAAGAAAGAAAGAGAGAAA